AUGCCUUCCAUGCAACAGGACCAACCGAGCGCCUUCGGAAUGAGCAGCUCUCCUCAAGCCAAGAAGCGCAAUGUACGUGGUUCAACGCCAUCCAGCUCGCCGAUCAAAUCACCACGAGGUGCUGCGAGUCAACCCCGCGGUGAUCGGUCACCAAAUCCUCCAGCUGCACCUGAAGAUGAGGGAGGUCUCCCUAGCCUGGUGUGGAACAAGGUGUUCUAUCCAGCCGCAAGCUUCUUAUUCUCAGUCCUCCAGUCGGCGCUUAAGCUUUUGAGGCCGCUCUUAGUGUACGCGCUGGCACUCUGGCUCCUGAUCGGUACAGGCAUCGUCCUCCGCAAUCUGGUCACAUCGAGCGUAUCGAAUGCCUUAGCACCCUUAUGUCACAUCCCAGGCAUGUCACGCGUUGUUCCCCUCUGCGAAUAUGCCAAACAUCCACAGCCCGCCGGGGCGCCAGAGUUCGAUCAGCUCAUGACCGUCCAAUCCGCGUUCGAGGAUGUGCUCUCAUCCUCUUCAGAAAGCGCCACGCUGCCAAUGGACAUGAAGCGCAGCGAGCUCUCUAUACGCGAUCUUCGCAGUGUUGUCAGCUUCUCAUCACUUCCAUCCCGCAACGAGCUCGUCUUCGAGUUUGGCGGCUUCAUUGACACUGCCCGGCAAGCUUCGAUGGACCUGACAAAGUUCAAUUCGCGGAUCGGGAGGGCAGUCGAUCACAUCCUGAGCACGAACCGCUGGACCCUCCAAGUCAUCGACGGCAUCACCGAGCGCGAGGCCGCCAGGGGCUCGCUGACUCGCUUCUUCACCGAUACAGUCAUGGGGCCAUUUACCUCACGGCAAACAACCGACGAGAUGCUGCUCGAGCAGUAUUUAAAGCAUACCAGGGCCGUCGAGGAAGAGAUCCAAGACCUGAUCUUCGAAGCCCAAGAGCUCCUACGGAUCCUACAGAAUCUAGACGACAGACUCGACGUCAUCGCCAUGAUAGCUCUACGCGACGGGUUUGCGGCCCAGGGCUCUAAAGACGAGCUCUUCGCGGCGCUGUGGACGAAGCUGGGUGGGAACAGGUCCAGCGUUCAUAAGUUGAACGAGCAGCUUAAAUUGCUUAAGCAGGUCUCGCAGUAUCGCAAGAUGGCGUGGGCGCAUGUGAGUACGACUAUUCUAAAGUUGCAGGCUAUUGCCGCGGGACUGGAGGAUCUCAGGGAGAGGGUCGCUGCGCCGGAGAUUGUGGGGACGAGCAAAGACACGCCACUGGAGAUACAUAUCGAGAGCAUACAGUUGGGUGUGGAGAGACUGGAGGCGCAGCGGUCAGAGGCGAGGAAGUUGGAGGGGGAUAACUAUCGGAGGGUACUGGAUAGAGCUGAGAGGAAUCUGGGCGAGGACAGAAUGAUUGACGGGGGAAGGAUUAGGAAGGGCCAUGAUAUCCAUCUUUAG